AUGUCGCAAGCACGACCGUCCAAGCCAUCUAAAGACUCUCUCGCUACCGAGCUGGCGUCUGAAAUACGGGCGGCUCACAACAACGAGACCUUGUCAGCUCUGAUGAGCAACGCCUUCGAUUCGAUCGACCAGUACACCCUCGUGCUCGUCAGCAUCGCAGGAGCACUAGCCAUCAUCGGCGUGAGAGCCUUUCCCGACCUACGAAGUCAACAGCCAUGGGGAUGCGUGAUAUCGGCGAUAGGACUACCGGCGGUUGGAUUCCUUGCAGUCCAACACGGUUCGGGCGUUGUUCUAGGGGGGUUUAUCCUAUGGGCCGCAUUGGCAGCUUUGAUAACGAACUCACCUACAAUCUGGGGAGGAUCGGCUGCCACUCCUACCGCGACGUCUGACAUCAAGGACUAG